UAUAUUUCAUAUAAAUCCAUUCCAUGUAACUGAUUUCAAUCGACAAUAUGGUUGAUACAGAAUAUCCGAUUGAAGUAGGUCGAUUAUCUAUACAAAAAAAUAUUAGUGAGAGAAGAAUAAGCAGACGAGAAAGUUUAAAAUUGCUUGUUGAAGAACCAACAUUGUUAGAAAAAAGGCUGUGCGAAGCUUUUGAUAUAUUUGAUAAUGCAAGAAAUAAUGAAGUGGAUGUUAGAGAUUUGGGUACCAUUAUAAGAGCAUUAGGAUGUGUUAUUACAGAAGCAGAACUACAAGAAAUACAGGUUCAAGUAGAAGAUGUAAUAAAUAAUUGUGUACCAUUGAACAAAUAUAUAGAAUAUAUGUACAAAGCAAUUACUGAACGCAAAUUUAAACCUGCAGAACCUGAAGAUCUAUUAAAAGCAUUUCAAUUACUAGAUCCUGAAAAUCGUGGUUAUAUUAUGAAAGAUGAUUUAGAAAAAACUUUGAUGGAAAUAGGAGAGCCUUUUACUAAAGAUGAAGUGGCUGAAAUGAUGGCAGUUGCUUGUGAUCCAAUAACAAAAAAAGUUUAUUAUGAAUAUUAUAUCAAUUUGUUGAUUGUAUGUAUGAUUAUUUUUACUUUAAAUUCAUUUCAUGAUUGGCAUUUUCUUUACCAAUUGCAAUAAAAUAAUUGUCAUAUUUAUGACAUAUGAUAUAUGACUUAAAUGAAAUACUUAAAGAUAUAUCUCUUCAAUACAUUCAUGUGUGAAGAACUUAAUCACUUAUAGGUAAAACUCCCAAAGGAUAAAAAUGCAUAUGCAAUAGUUGAUCGAAUGGAAAUAGAAAAAUUAGAACUUAUGCCAAAAAAACGUAAAUUAGAAAGUCUUCUUAUGGAAGCUGAAGAAAAAGAAUUGAAUAUUUAACACUAUUA